AUGGCGGCCACUCGAUCACAACAACUUGAGUAUUUUCUGCAAGGUUCUGUUGAAGAAAGCGGCCUAUCAUCUCUUCGACACAGAUUAAAGGGAUUGUGCGAUCCUUCGACAACACAUAAUAAGUUCGCGGACCACGAAAUUGUCUACGGAUUACGACAAUAUCAAGGUUCAAAUCCAAUAACCCUUCGUGCAAGGUGUUCCCUUGACAGCCAUGAAAUGCCCUGGCAACUUCGAUACCUUGGCGAAGCGGAUCAGGUGGCUGAGAAAAGCAAGAAUGUGUUAACCCGUACAUGUCUUGAAGUUAUGACCACAGACAACCUCACUACAUUCUUAGAGGAGCUUGGAUUUGGAUUUGAGAGUGAAUACAUUGCUAAAGGGUACUACUUCAAAAAGGGAGAUAUUAGAGUUACUAUUUCAAGAAUUCAUAGGCUGCCGACCCGUGGCAACACGUCACAUGUUGAGGCCAUAUCAAGUUCAUAUCUUGUGGAAGCAAGUGUUGUGUCUUCAGUUCAACAAGAUAGCAUUGCGGAUGAACUCAAAUCGUUUACAGAUCAGUUAAGACCUAUUGUGCAUUUAGAGAAAGUUGAUCAUCGUAAGAUACAGUUACUAGGAAAUAAAUGAAGUGGUGAAGAACGGAAUUAUUUCAUGAGUAUCCAGACAAUUAUUAGAGACCGGAGGGAGUACACAGUCAAUGAUUGAUCGAAAAUCUGUGUUCCGGUAAUGAUUCUGUGUCCGCAAUACACGAUCAUAACCUAAUCCUAAACCGAUCCCUAAUUCUAAAUCUAAAUCGAUUGAAAUUUCGGCUAAUAGGAUUUGGGAUUAAUAUUCAGGAUUGAGAUGAUUGUGUAUUUUGGACUCAAUCGUAGUAACUUCCUCAAUUUUAGUUGUCAGCCAAGCAAUGCAAGAUCCCUAUCUGCAGGGAUAAUAAUCCCCGUCGGGGAAAGUUAAUGUAAAUGUAAAUUUUUCCCACUAAAAGAGACCAUCGGGUGACUGUGGACCUGUGGUGUGGUCAAUGAAAUAGUAGCUUUUAUAAGACCGAGUCUCGAGAACUGCUAGUUUAGGGGCAAUGAGAACUUGAAAACAGCAUGUUAGACGUCUUUUCAACACAAUGUAUCAUUAAAUAUAUGCUUCUGCA